AAAGAAUGUGGUUGUGUUUAUGUGUCACUUGUGUCAGUGAUUUGAAGACAGACACAAAUCUAUUUAUUAUUUAUUUUAUUAAUAAUUUCAUAUUCCUACCUAAUAAUACGUUUUAUAUGAAUAGUGUAAUGUAAAUUUCAUAAAUAGUUAUGAAAAUGCGAUCAUUAAAAUCACCACAGUCAAGCUACAAAAACACUCAAAGUUGGACGGACGAUUUACCAAUUUGCAAAAAUACUGGUAUAGGAUUUUCAACAAAUCAAAUUUAUCGUGAAGAUGGUAAUCCACAAGAGGCCCACCAAUAUGAAGACUGCAGUUGUCAUUUCAAGUUCAAUGAUUCAUUUUAUUGGUAUGCACUGUUUGAUGGUCAUGAAGGCAAAAGAGCUGCAGAAUUCUGUUGGCAAAGGUUAACAGCUGAAAUAUACUUUUCCCAGUUGGACGAGAUAAAAACCAACGAUGAAGUCAAAGAACUCCUAAAUCAAGCCUUCAUAACAGUUGAGAAAGCCUACAUGGAAAGCCUGGAAGAUGUUGUAGCUGAAAGAACUAGUUUAUUAUAUGACAUUCCAGCUGGUCUCAAUUCCUAUGAAGCCUAUCAAAAAAUGCCUCAGGUUGUUGAGGGUAUCAAUAGAUUGAAUUGUGAAUUAUCUUCUGGGACUGCAGCUGCUGUUGCUCUAAUCUAUAAGAAUAAGUUAUAUGUUGCUAAUGUUGGAAACUGUAGAGUUUUAUUAUGCCAGAAUGAUGCAAAUUCAGUAUUAAAAGUUGUUCAACUGAGUGUAGAUCAUGAUUUGAAAAAUGAGGAUGAAUUGUUGAGAUUGUCACAGAUUGGUAUCAACACUAAAAGUCUGAGGCACAGCACCCGACUUGGAAAUCAAGAAAACACUCGUUGCAUCGGUAAUUACAUGGUGAAAGGUGGCUACAAAGAUUUCGAAGACCUAGCGCAGGCCACUAGGGAACCCAUAAUCGCCGAGCCUGACAUACAUGGGGGAAUCGUUUUGGACGAGUUGUCUCGCUUCCUUUUGCUGAUAUCUUCUGGUCUAUACAAGUCCCUUGAAGCUACCGGAAUUGAACAAGUCAAUAAAUUUAUUGCAGAGUGCGUAGUUGAACAGUUCCGCGAACAAGCCACGUUGACAGGAGUAGCUCAAGCGGUGGUCGACAAGGCAGUCCGUCUCCACCACGACUGGUACAUGUCCAACUCGCUACAUCCCUCGUGCAUCCCGAAACGCGAAGACAUCACCCUCGUCCUCAGAAACUUCAAUUUCCAUAUGCCGAACGCGAUCACUUCCCCUACUACCCCAACGGUGACCUUCAAUCCGGUGGUCACCGCCAACAGCCUGUCCGACCAAUCGGACUACAGUGCCACUUCCACGACUAUGAAUAAUUCGAAUAUAACCACGAGGACCAGCGAUACAACGAGUAGUAGUUCCAGAACCGAGACAGACGAUGGUAUCGGGCCUGAUCAGAAAAUCGAGGCCUAUACGGACUUUUCCGAUUUUUAUAGGAAUUUUGAGAAGGCAAAACGGGAAGGGACUUUACCAGAAGAGUUGAAUUUCUGACACACCUACUCAUGAGAAACAUCAAGAUCUCAAAUGUUUUCGAGUUUUCAACAGAUAACUAAAUACGCAAAUACUGAUCAAUCUCACUGGAGAUACCCUGGUCGAGGAUAGAGUUGUGAGGUUAUUGAACGGAAAAGAGAGACUAGAGGAGUCGAAGAUAUCAAGAUAACAGAGCUUACAUACUCCAUUUAGUUAUAAGAGGUUUUGAAUGAUAUUAGUUGUCAAAGACAUUUUACAAAAAUCGGUGCUGAACGAGUGAUACGAGUAGUACUAAAACCUAGAUGGUAGGUGGUAUCGGACCCCAUAGAAGUCGAGGCCUAUGAGGACUUUACCUAUUUGAGAAAGUGAUACAAGAUUUUUGGCAUCCUUAUAAGAAACGUCAAGAUCCGAUGUUUUUCUGAAUCUUUCACCAGAUGACUGGAUGUUAUUGUGUUAUUUUUGUCAAGUUAUAUAUGUUCUCUUUCAUUAAAGAUGUGGUUGAACUAUUCACGGAAGGAUAUCAAUUUCAUUCUUAAAAACUAUGAAUAAUUCGAAUAUAACCACGAGGACAGCGAUACGAGUAGUCCCAGAACCGAGACAGACGAUGGU